CUGCACUCAGUCGCUGUUGUGGCUGGGAGGCAGCACAGUCAGCCAGUCUCUUUGGUUGCACUGUGAUUUAGUGUGAGGUAAAGUAGCACUCUUUUAAACUAACCGACCCACCGAAGACAAUUACUACUCUCGUCCCUGAACAAACUCCUGCUCUGCACGACACCUUUGAUUCUCCAGGUGCUGAGGAAACUGCAAGCAGAAAGUACCAGAAGAACCAGCUGUGUCAAGACUUGGAGGUGAACGUUGAGAGGAUGUUGGGCGCUUCUUUGUGAAUGGAUUAGAGGUGAGUUGCGACCAUGCGCUGCCUGGCUGCUCGGGUCAACUACAAGACCCUCAUCGUCAUCUGCGCCCUCUUCACACUCAUCACCGUGUUGCUGUGGAACCGAUGCUCCAGUGACACCGCCGUACGCUUCCUGCCUCGUGCCGCCUUGGUGGCUCCAAGUCCCAAGGUGGGCGAUGCCAGCAUCAGCAGCCAACAGCACCCUCCACAACCUCCAGAGCCCCCGCCUGUCGUAGGGGUUGUAGGUGGGGUCAAGUAUGAAGAAAUUGACUGCCUGAUCAACGAUGAAUCAACCAUAAAAGGGCGGCGAGAGGGCGGCGAGAUCUACCUGCCGUUCACUUGGAUGGAAAAAUACUUUGAGGUGUACGGCAAAGUGGUGCAGUACGACGGCUACGAUCGCUUCGAGUUCCAGCACAGCUACUCAAAGGUUUACACGCAGCGGGAGCCCUACCACCCCGAUGGAGUCUUCAUGUCGUUUGAGGGAUACAACGUGGAGGUCCGCGACCGUGUCAAGUGUAUAAGUGGAGUGGAAGGCGUGCCUCUGUCCACUCAGUGGGGCCCUCAAGGCUACUUCUACGCCAUCCAGAUUGCCCAAUACGGUUUGAGCCAUUACAGCAAAAACCUGACUGAGCGCCCUCCUCACGUGGAGGUCUACGAUACAGCCGAGGAGAGGGACAGCCGAGCCAGCACAAUGCCCUGGAGUGUGCCGAAAGGUUGCGGUCUCAGCCGCGUCCACGACAAGACCCGAGCUACCUCCGUGCGUCAGUUCAGUGCUCUAGAGUCCUCAGAAGGCGUGUCCCUCCAGCUGGGUAACUCCAAAGACUUCAUCCUCAGCUUGGACAUCAAGUUCAUCUCCAACGGCAGCGUGUCCGUGGUCCUGGAAACCACAGAGAAGGGCCCGCCCUUCACUAUUCGCUACGUGACCGGCACGCAGCUCAUAGCCUUCAAAGAUCAUGAAAUCACCUACGGAAUCGGGCCAAGAACCAGCUGGACCACUCUGACCCGAGACCUGCUCACCGACCUCAGGAAGGGCGUCGGCCUGUCCAACACCAAGGCUGUGAAGGCCACGAAGAUCAUGCCCAGGCGGGUGGUGCGGUUAGUCCUACAUGGGCGUGGCUUUGUUGACAACGUCACUAUCUCCACCACUGCCCACAUGGCCGCUUUCUUUGCCGCCAGCGACUGGCUGGUGCGCAACCAGGACGAACGAGGUGGAUGGCCCAUCAUGGUCACUCGUAAACUGGGUGAAGGCUUCCGGCCUCUGGAGCCCGGCUGGUACUCGGCCAUGGCUCAGGGCCAGGCCAUGUCCACCCUGGUGAGGGCCUACCUCCUCACCAAGGACCAGGUUUACCUCAACGCUGCCCUCAAGGCAGUAGGACCCUACAAGGUGCCUUCAGCGCAGCACGGGGUCAAAGCUGUGUUCAUGAACAAAUACGACUGGUAUGAAGAAUACCCCACCACGCCCAGUUCCUUUGUCCUCAACGGCUUCAUCUACUCCCUGCUGGGACUCUAUGACUUGACUGAGACAGCCGGAGAGAAACUUGGCAGGGAGGCAGGGCAGCUGUUCAGCCGUGGCAUGGAGUCACUGAAGGCAAUGCUGCCGCUCUUUGACACGGGGUCCGGGAGCAUCUAUGACCUGCGUCACUUCAUGUUGGGCACUGCACCCAACCUGGCGCGCUGGGACUAUCACACCACGCACAUUAACCAGCUACAGCUGCUGGCAUCCAUAGACAACUCUCCCAUCUUCAAAGAUGUGGUCAAGCGCUGGAAAAACUACUUAAAAGGGAUUCGUGCCAAGCACAACUAGGUGCUUGAAAUCAACUCUGAGGAAUAAACACCUCAAACCACCACAUUUGAUUUCAAAGAUUUGAGCUGGCUCUGCUGGCAGCCGUGCUCCUUGGUCCCUACCCAUAAUUCCACUGUAUUUAGCAUUCUGUUGAGUUGCCUGCGUGACUGCAUCUUGGCUCAUGUGACUUACACUUGUGUUUCAGUUGAGACGUAGCAGACUGCAGGUAACAAGCUGCCACAAUGCGUUACAUUCCCUGUGAUAAGCCCAUCAAGCCUACAAUAAUCUUUAUAUAAAUAAAAUCACAAUUAAUCGUUUAUCCUAGUUAGUCGUCAGUAUUGCAGCCACUGUAAUGCUGGUAUCUCUGUGAUGUUUUAAGAUGACAUGCUUUUUGCAACUAUUCUUAGGUGCUAAUCAAAACCAACGAAAGACCGUCGGUUGGUCACAAAAAAUUAUGAAUAAUUUCUCUGCUGCUGUAGAACGCAGCUACGAGUAAUUAGUCCUGCAUCACUUCAAGUACGGCUCACUUAGUAAAGCAUAAGUUUCUCAUAUCAGACAUCUUGGCUGAGAAUCCCAACUUCGUCAGCUGUGUUUAUUUAAAAAUGGCGGCUGAGAAAUGAACAUCUGAUCAAGUGUCACGGUCGCUCCUCUCUGUUCUUCUCAUUUGCACAGUUUGAGUGAAGCUAGAAAACAUUUAGGAUUCAGAGCCACAUAUAUUUAACCUCUUCACGGGUGUGUCGCCUUGAAGUGGACAGGAAGUGCACGGACAUAUAAGCCAUCUUAGAUAAUAUCAUCAAUCAUUUAUUCAGAUUAUUACACGUAUUAACAGUUAGUCAGUUUUAUUAGUGCAGAUUAAUGUGCACUAUCCCUGAUAAAUAAAGACAGAUUCAAAUAGAAAAGUCAAUCCUCAUGCAGAUCAGUCUAAAUCUAAAUCAUAAGAAAUGUACACAGGACACACUGGCAAUGACUUUAAACUAACACUUAACUUAUUUCUUAAAAUAGCAAACUUAAGCUUCAGUUGAAUCCCUGUAUCAUAUCAUGUGCUUGGUUUGAACACCAGCAUUAUUAGUUGUAGCUACAUUUUCAUUAAUUUUCAUGCCUUCCUAUUUGACCUUUUUUGGAUUAUUUCCUUGAGAACUCCUGUGAAAAGCUCUUCUCCUAUAAUUUAAACUUGCAGAUGAUAAUUGCAGGAUACAAGUGUAGGCGGUGUGGAUGUCUGCGUUGUGUAUUUGAGGAGAUGGAAAUGUGGGCAGCAGAGGCACAGCUGCAUCUCACUACCAUGUCAAUUCAUAGCAUUUAAACAGACAAAGUGAAGCUGGAGGUAAAUUCUUGAUAAACACAAAGAGGCUGUCAGUCCCAGCACGCUCUCAUUUCUCCUCUCAGCUGUUGUGGGUGCAUGAACUCAGCGUUUUUAAUCUGAGCGCUGCCCUGUUGACCGCUGUACGAGGAGAGAUGGGCUCGCCAAGACACUAACAAUUCACCGGGCUAAUAGGCUGGAGAGCCAGCACACACAGUGCAGUCGCUAGUCGGGGAUGAGUCAGCAUUCACUGGCAUCGCUCUCACAAACAAAACAAUGUGGAGCCCUCGGCAUCAAUGAGGCUUUCAUCGAUCUAGCUUAAAGAUUAUUAAUGAGAAGCGUGAGAAUCAGGCUGCUUCGUUUCUCUGAAAGCGGUGAUGGUGAAUUUUCUUUGGUCGUUCUCAUGAACCAUGUGAACUUUGAGAUGAAUACAUUUUCCCAGACAGUCUGAUGUCAGGUUGUCAUUGUGUGAGCUAUUAAGACUACAUCAAAGACGCCUGUGAUUCAUUUCAAUGUAACAUUGAGUGGAAAAGAGCUGCUUUUGGUACAAACAUCUUCCUGACCUCACAGCUUCAACUGUAACUCAGCAUCUAGCUUUCAAGACUAAGCGAGGAUUUAUGAUGGAGCAUUAUGGCCUCUGUUAAAGAAGAAACAGUUUGAGAUAUUGUCAGAAUAUUUCAACAAUAAAGUCAUGAUAAUUUGGGACAAAAGAAGAAUAAUAUUAAGAAGAAAAUGGAAAGUGUUUUUCAUUUUUUUCAAAAUAGGACUUUGAAAUAUUGUGACUUUUUCUGGUAAAAUGAUUCCUUUUCCACAAAAAUUACAACUGUUUCUCAAAAUAUUUGAGACUUUUUUUUUCUUAACCAUGGCCCUUAUCCUCCGCCAUCGAGAUUUAUAUUGUGGAUGGAAGGAAUUAUACUGAAGUUAUGUUUUUAAAAUGAUCCCGGAGGAGAGGUCUGAGUGCGCAGUUUCUUUGAAUGCUUGCUGAUCCUUGUUAUGUUCAUUUCCUGGUGGCAUUUUCUUCCCACAGAUACUUGCAUAAUUCAUACUUUGCCAUUUUGACAGGACAGUAGAUAUAUGUAGUUUAAAAGGGAACAUUCAGGAAUUGAGGUUUUGUGUGUGAAUAACUGGCUCCAUUUUGUUUAUACCAAAGUCAUUGAUUCAAGUACAUUUGAAUUGGUCUACUUUUGUGUACAAACCGAUUUCCAUUCAGCAUUUAAUGAUAAGUCUCCUUGGAGAUGUCACGGAGAGACACUGCCUUUUGAGAAAUACUAGUUUUUCAAAUGUAGGUUGAAUAGAUUAUAGCAAAAACAAGAUAUGUAACUUGCUUAUCAUAAAGGGGAUGUGUGCAACUAGAGAUUAGCAUUUAGUCAGCUGCUGUUUUAAAGGGAAAUGAGCCAAUUGCUGCAAAUUCUCCUUGAAAGUUUUUGCUUGUUUUGGUUUUGGUUUUUGUGUUUUAAUUGAGUGUUUUUUUUUCAGUUGUUGGAUCAAUCAUUUGCAUCAGAUGUUUUUCUAGAUAGACAAAAGCACAACUGCCGUUUAUUAUCACCUUAUUUGGUUGUAUUUCUUUUGGAGUACUUGUUUUUUUUCUUUUCAGGACAAUGUGCAACGCCUUCAUUAAGAAAGCUGCUAUUAUUGUUCACUGUGUAAUAGGUAUGAGAACUUCCUUUUCCUCAUUUUAGUGGUAUUUUUGUCUGUCUUUCCACUACACAUUAAAAGACAUGUGACCACUGAGGUCAAAUGUGAUUUAUGCAAUAAAAUGUUUACUGGGGUCUUGACACCACAGGAGACCCAGAGCGGUUGUAUAGACUUUGCAAUCCAAGCACAAUGUGCAAAUGCUACCAUUUUUUAGUCCAAGGAAGAGACGUGUUUAUAUACAGAGUAAAAAUCUUUGUGCUUUAAAAAUUUGCUUUUUAAAGGUGUAAAAAAUAAAAGCAUUUUUUCUUAAA